AUGGAUAAAAUGAUUGAAACGGGAAAAGGUGAAGUAACAAUCACAAACGAUGGUGCAACAAUCCUGAAGCGCAUGAGUGUUAUCCAUCCUACUGCAAAAAUGCUUGUGGAAUUAUCAAAAGCACAGGAUAUAGAAGCUGGUGAUGGGACAACAACUGUUGUCGUAAUUGCUGGUGCAUUGCUUGAUGGUGCCGAGAAACUGCUCAACAAAGGCAUUCAUGCGACCACAAUCUCGGAAUCAUUCCAGCGAGCAUCACUUGAGGCCGAGAAGAUUCUUGAGUCGGUGGCUUCGCCAGUGGAUCUUGAAAACGAUGAGCAGCUCGCAAAAAUUGCUACAACCAGCUUAAAUUCUAAGGUAUUUGCUAGGGAAUUUAAUCGGCUCUUGUUUCAUCGUCAUGUGCCUUUUGCAAUCGAUUCAGUUGCUGACAAAAUUUUAUUCUUUAUUUUGAGCCUAUCUUAUUUAUGCAGAUUUAUGUAGAU